UGUCUUCUGCUCGUCUCUUCAACAGUCAGAUUCCUUGUAGUAAGGGGCAGGAGUUGAAAAUAGAAUCUUACCAGUGAGAGAUAGCAUCUAUAUUUAGAAUUGAGUUGCUGUAAAAAGUUAGGUUGAAGAAAUAUGUUUAUGUAAGCUUUUCAAGUAAUUAGUUUCUCAGUCAAACCCAACACAGCCCUUUGAGAGAAAAUGCUGGAACUGUCUAGUGAUGGUGAAAACUCAACAUGCAGAUAUGCUCUAGGUGGGUGUGACGGUGACACCAUGGUAUCGAGCACUGAAAUGUACGAUCCUCGUAAUGGUUCAUGGAUUAUUCAAGAGCCGAUGAAGAAGGCGAGGGCAUAUUCUGCUGCCGCAGUUGUGAAAGAAGCCAUUUUUGUAUUUGGAGGAGUAGAAGCGGGUGCAACUAUAACGGACACAGUAGAGUAUUUCAAGGACGGAGAAGGAUGGCAAGAACACAAGACGAGUACCAUCGGGAAGAGAAGCUUUAUGUCGGCAAUGACUGCUUAGCAUCAUCGUUAGGUGGACGGGGAAGAUAUGGAGUGGAUGGCAAGAUCAAGGGUUACCAUGGUCUAUCAAUUGUCGAUUUUGGCUUGAUGAUUGGCUUCGACAAUGCAGUCGAGAUGUGAGCAUGAGCAAUUACGACACUUUUGUGCAUAGUUCUUUUUGUUUACCACAGGCCAUCCACGAGAGUUGCAAGAUUUAGUGAUUUUGGUCAAAUUGUAAAAACUAAGUUGAUACGGGGUUGACGCAGGGUAGACAUUGUUGGUGUAAUUGAUCAUCAACAAUCCGUUUGGUAAAUAGUCAUACAAGAUACAUUCUCUAUUCUUGUGUCCAAGUCCAACCAAUAACAAAGCAGUAUAGACUAUAGGAUGAAGAUGUGUUUUAACAAGCUAUCUAAGUAAAAUGGAACCUGAUAU